AUGGCGCUCAUCCACGAGACGGUGUACCCGACCGAUCGCCCCUUCUCCGCGGUGGCAAACAUGGACAGCUCUGGUGUUGAGCGGGGAGCUUUGCACGGCAUAUGGGAGGUGGACGGCUUGCGAGAGGCAUGGAACUGCUUCUUCAGGGUAGUGCUUGCAAUGCCGGGGGAGUUCGCAUGGCAUAGCAGAGUCGAGUACACAGCAGUGCUUUCCAGGGGACAUGCCAGCAGAAGGGCAAUCCUUGUCAAGGCCGACGAAAAGGGCAAGAAGGGCAAGAAGGGCAAGAAGGGCAAGAAGGGCAAGAAGGGCAAGAAGGGCAAGAAGGGCAAGAAGGGCAAGAAGGGCAAGAAGGGCAAGAAGGGCAAGAAGGGCAAGAAGGGCAAGAAGGGCAAGAAGGGCAAGAAGGGCAAGAAGGGCAAGAAGGGCAAGAAGGGCAAGAAGGGCAAGAAGGGCAAGAAGGGCAAGAAGGGCAAGAAGGGCAAGAAGGGCGCCAUCUCCAGGUAA